GGCGUAUCUCCGGUUUGACAGGUGCAUCGCGUCCAGAGAAGAAUAUCCGACAUUUCCGACAUUUUUGUGCGUUUAAACGUGUCCAGAUGUGACCGAGACCCGGCGGGACCAUCGACAGGAUAUGCCUUAAUGUAUUACAUCCCGGAGGCGCGGAUGGAGGAGGUGCGUUCCCGUCCCUACAUCAUCCCCGUGCGGCCGGGCGGAGACAUGAACCCCGCCCGCCGCAGAGACUCUGGAGUGUGGCACCAAACGCGCAGCUUACUCUACAAGAACCUGCUCAUCAAGUGGAGGACCAAGCAGCAGUCGCUCCACGAGCUGAUUCUUCCUCUCCUGCUGCUCGGUCUCCUCAUCCUCAUCAGCACGUUGAACCCUCACGUGUACUAUGGCAGCGUGAGCACCAUGGAGCUGGAGCAGGACAGUCCGUUCCUCAAAGCUCUGGGCUACACUCCCAUCAACAACAUCACGUCCAGCAUCAUGGAGGAGGUCGCCCAGGAGCUGCACAUAGAGGAGCACCUGGAGAUGUUUGCCACGGAGGAGGACCUGGAGAACGCGUCUCUGUAUGAACCCUCCAGUUUCGUGGGAGUCGUGUUUUUGGACAAAGCCGCCACGUCGUACAGACUCAGAUUCCCGUACAACCAGCUGCCCCUGCCCAGCGACUACACCGAGACAUUUGCGAACUGUCUCUCCAGCUCCACAAACUGCAGAGCUGCAAACUACUGGUACUCAGGCUUCACCAGGCUCCAGAGUCUGAUCGACGCUGCCAUCAUCCAGAUGCAGACGAAGCGCUCGGUGUGGAGUGAGCUGGACUUCCGUGUGGUGAUGAUGGGUCAGCCCGGUUCUGUGGAGGUGCAGAAGUUUCCUCACGCUCUCAUCUCCAUCUACCUGGUCCUGGCCUUCACGCCCUUCGUCACCUUCCUCAUCGUCAACGUGGCGGCGGAGAAAGAACAUCGCCUCAAAGACACCAUGACCAUGAUGGGGCUCUACGACACCGCCUUCUGGUUGUCUUGGGGGCUGCUCUACGCUGCUCUGGUCACCUCCAUGUCGGUGCUCAUGUCCAUCAUCGCCACGUACACGGCGCUUUUCCCAAACAGCCACUUCCUGGUCAUCUUCCUCCUCAUCUUCCUCUACGGCAUCUCCUCUAUCUUCUUCUCGUUCAUGCUGACUCCUCUGUUUAAGAAGCCGAAGUUUGCCAGUACAGUGGGUUCGAUGCUCACCGUGGUGUUCGGGUGUCUGUCGCUCUUCACCGUGUUAAUGAGAGACUUUCCUCAACCUCUGGUCUGGCUCCUGUGUCUGCUGUCGCCCAGCGCCUUCUCCAUCGCCAUCGCCCAGGUGGUGUACCUGGAGGCGCAGGGAGAUGGCGCCGUCUUCUCGUCUCUGUUGAACGGACCUCAUCCUCUGUACGUCCCUCUGCUCAUGCUCGUCUUAGACUGUGGACUCUACCUGCUGCUCGCCAUUUACCUGGACCAAGUGCUGCCCGGAGAGUUCGGUCUUCGCCGCUCGCCGCUCUACUUCCUGAAGCCGUCCUAUUGGUCCAAACGGAGUAAACGUUACGUGGAGGUGAGCUCAGGCUGCGACGCCGAGGCCAACGGGACGACAGGGGGCGCCGUCUCCAUCGAACCCAUCUCCCCGGAGUUCAGAGGCAAAGAGGCCAUCAGAAUCAACAACAUCCGUAAAGUUUACAAAGAGAAGGACGGCACAGUGGAGGCGCUCAGGGGUCUGACCUUUGACAUCUACGAGGGUCAGAUCACGGCUCUCCUGGGCCACAGCGGAGCGGGGAAGUCCACGCUCAUGAACAUCCUGUGCGGGAUCUGCCCCCCCACCUCCGGCUCCGCCUUCAUCUACGGCUCCCCGGUGUGCGAGGUCGCCGACCGCCACGAGAUGAAGCAGCUCGUCGGAAUCUGUCCCCAGUUCAACAUCAUCUUCGACGUCCUCACCGUGGAGGAACAUCUCAGAACCUUCGCCGCCAUCAAAGGGAUCCCCAAGAACCAGAUCGACGAAGAGGUGUCUAAAGUUCUGAAGGACCUGGACCUGGAGAAGAUCCAGACGGCUCAGGCCAAAAACCUGAGUGGAGGCCAGAAGAGGAAGCUCUCUGUGGGCAUCGCCAUCCUGGGAGACCCCAAGAUCCUGCUCCUGGACGAGCCGACCGCCGGGAUGGACCCCUGCUCCCGGCACCAGGUCUGGACUCUGCUGAAGAGCCGACGGGCAGAGAGGGUCACCGUCCUCAGCACCCACUACAUGGACGAGGCCGACAUACUGGCAGAUCGUAAAGCAGUGAUCUCUCAGGGACAACUCAAGUGUGUGGGCUCCUCUCUCUAUCUGAAGACCAAGUGUGGGGUCGGCUACCACCUCAGGAUGUCGAUCACAGAGUCAUGUGACUCGGACAAAGUCUCGUCUCUGGUCCAGAAUCACGUCUCUAAAGCCCAACUGUCCCGACGCCACGAGAGCGAGCUCACCUUCACCCUGCCCUUUGAGAGCGUGGACACUUUCCCAGGUCUGUUCUCGGAGUUGGACGCCGCUCCGUCUCUGGGCAUCACUCAUUACGGCGUUUCCAUGACGACGCUGGAGGACGUCUUCCUGAGGCUGGAGGCUGAGGCCGAGGUCGACCAGGCCGACUACAGCGUGUUUAACCGCGAGCAGCCCGAGGACGAGGGCGAUACUUCAUCUGUGGACGACCUGGACCAGAGGCUCCUGAGCUUCUCCGAGUCUGACGGGGUCAAAGGUCACGCCCUGUGGAGGCAGCAGUUCAGCGCUGUGGCCUGGCUGCACAUGCUCAACAUGAGACGAGAGAGGAAGGCCUUUGUCUACACUUUUGCUCUGUUCCUGGUGUUCGUGGCUGCCGUCCUGGUUCUGUCUUUGGCCACUGGGAACAUUCAGAUCCACUCUCCGGACAGAGAGUUCCUCCCCGUGUAUCUGCUGAGGAGGAACCAGGCCCCACACAGAUACGCCACCAGCCUCCUGGUCCAGAACUCCUCAGACUCAGACAUCUCAGAGCUGAUUCAUAACCUGGAGUCUCAGGACCUGCAGGUGGAGAUGAUGAGACAGAGCGACUUCAUGUCAGCAGCUCCUCACAGCGCCGCCAUCAACGUCACCGGGUCCAACAAGGGUUUCCGGUACAUUCUGGCGUUCAACAGCACCACGGUUCACUCUCUGCCCAUGACCGUGAACAUUCUGAGUAACGCUCUGCUCCGAGGCCUGAACAGCUCCUCACACAUCCACACCUGGACCAAACCCUUCGACUACAAAAUCCCAGAUGCCACGUCGUACGCGCUGGUUUAUAUCGAGGCCAUUAUCCUGGGCAUGUUGGCGGCCGGGAUGCCCGCGUACUUCGCCAUGGACCACACCCGGGACCGAGAGAUUAAAUGCCGGUCGACGCUGCGUAUCUCGGGUCUGCUGCCGUCGGCGUACUGGUGCGGUCAGGCCGCCGUGGACAUCCCCUUCUUCUACCUCCUGCUCUCCUCCAUGACCUCCAUCCUCUUCAGCUUCCACACCAACUCCCUGCUCAGCUCCAGCAACGUCACCGCCGUGAUCUUGUGCAUCAUCGGCUUCGGUCCGGCCAUGAUCCUCUUCACGUACGUGGUGUCAUUUGUUUUCGCUCGAGUUCAGAGCAACAGAGACUUUUUCUCCGUCAUCUCCAUGAUGGUGUGUGUGGUGUCGGCGUCUCUGGUGCAGUUGACGUUUGUGAACGACAGUCCGGCUCUGACCAGAAACCUCCACAACGUCCUGUGUCUGUUCAACCCCCUGUACCCGCUCAUGGGCUGCCUCAACUCCAUCACCAAGGCCACGUUUCUGUCGUCUCUGAACGAAGACAACUUCUUAUGGAAAAACCUGCUGAUCGCUGUGAUCGCCCCGUACCUUCAGUGCAUCGUGCUGCUGUUUCUCCUGCGCUGGAUGGAGAUCAGUUUCGGAGGCAGCACCCUGAAGUCGGACCAACUCUGCAGGAUUUCGUCGAAGUCGAAGUCGCGGCAGGAGCGAAUCCCAGAGGAGACGGAGAACGAGGACGAAGACGUGAAAAUGGAGAGAGUCCGAGUGAAGGAGGCUCUGAACUGUCAGCCCUGUGAAGAGAAGCCUGUAGUGGUCGUGAGCAACGUGAGGAAGAUCUACAAAGGAAAGAGAGAGGGAUUCUCCUUCAGCAAAAACAGAAAAGUCGCCACCAAAAACGUCUCAUUCUGCGUCAAAAAAGGUGAAGUUCUGGGUUUGUUGGGUCCAAAUGGAGCUGGAAAAACCACCAUCAUGCACAUGUUAUCAGGAGACACAGACCCCACCACAGGACAGGUGGUGUUGGGGCCGCCCCCUGUGGACCAUGUGGGGUACUGUCCUCAGCUCAGUCCUCUGUGGCCCAGAGUCACUCUGCAGGAACAUCUGGAGAUCUACGCCGCGGUGAAGGGCAUCAGAGGAGAGGACGUGCCCGGGAUCACCAAACGGGUGGUGGAGGCUCUGGAGCUGAAGGAUCAUCUGCACAAACAGGCCAAGACUCUGUCUGCAGGAACCAAGAGGAAGUUGUGUUUUGCUCUGAGCAUGCUGGGAAACCCUCAGAUUGUUCUUUUAGAUGAACCGUCAUCAGGGAUGGACCCCAAAUCCAAACAGAGGAUGUGGCGUGCGAUCCGAGCGGCCUUUAGGGGGCGUCAGAGAGGAGCUGUUCUCACCACUCACUACAUGGAGGAGGCCGAGGCCGUGUGUGACCGAGUCGCCAUCAUGGUGUCCGGACAACUCAGGUGCAUCGGGUCGAUCCAGCACUUGAAGGGGAAGUUUGGGCGCGGCUACAGUCUGGAGGUGAAGCUCAGAGACGACCUGACCGGGCUCCAGCAGGUGGCGCUGUUACACAAAGAGAUACUGAGGAUCUUCCCCCACGCCGCCCGACAGGAGAGUUUUGCGACGCUGAUGGUUUAUAAAAUCCCCAUGGAGGACGUGAAGUCUCUGUCCACGGCCUUUUCCGAACUCGAGAAAGCCAAACAGUCGUUUAACUUUGAGGAGUACAACUUCUCCCAGUCGACGCUGGAGCAGGUGUUCCUGGAGUUUGCGAAGGAGCAGGAGAGUGAAGAGGACGAGAUGGGGUCUCUGAGCACUCACUUCCAGUGGCAACGGCUGAGACAAGACGGAGCCAACCACACAGACAGCAUCGUGCACCAGCUAUGAGAACAGACCCACCAAGACCAGCUUUAGACCGGCUCUGGACCCGGUCUGGACCCGGUCUGGACCUGGGUCAGGACUGAGGUGAGGUGGAGGUGCUUCUGACUUCAUGAAAACUAUUGUGAAUCAGCUCGGAAACCGGAGAAUCUUUGCAAAAAAAAAACACUAAAAAUAAACAACAAAUCAAGAGUCAAGACCUGGUUUAGUCCUGGGUUAGUCCUGGUUAGUCCUGGGUUAGUCCUGGUUUAGUCCUGGUUUAGUCCUGGUUUAGUCCUGGAUUAGUCCUGGAUUAGACCUGGUUUAGAAAUGAGCCAAGAUGGAUGGACUUUUAUCACAUAGAGCAUUUAAAACUAUAUCUGAGCCCAAUCACAAAAACAAGAUUUUAGACCUGGUUUAGACCUGGUUUAGACCUGGUUUAGACCUGGUUUAGACCUGGUUUAGACCUGGUUUAGACCUGGUUUAGACCUGGUUUAGAUCUGGUUUAGAUCUGGUUUAGACCUGGUUUAGACCUGGUUUAGAUCUGGUUUAGUCCCACUACAUAAUCUCCUCAGAAGUUUCCCUGGACUUGUCCAAAAUCCAGGACUAAAGGAGCGACAGUUGCACGUUUCUGAACCUCAACAACAACAACAAAAAAAAACAGUAAAAAGUGCAAAAAACAGACUCUAAACAUUCUCACAUUUUUAAGAAGUGAAGACGUCGGGACGAGUUUCUGGAAUUUACUUUAACUUUUUUAACUCAAAAAAAAGAAAAGAAAAAUGCACCAAGUUUUUCUACAUCCAAGAAGAUUUUAGUUCCACAUUUUUGCUGCGAGUUUGACGAUGAAGAAGAGACACAGAUAAUCACAGUCGUCGUUCAACUUUUGGGAAACUGGACAAAAAGAAAAUAUUUGUUUGAUUUGGGAAUUUUUCAUUUAGAUUUUUUUUUUUUCCAGAAUUUUCCUGAAGACUUUUCAUCAUAAAUAAACCACGUCAAUGUGAUUUUAUGAGAUUUAAAUGGACGGACGUUUGUGUGGAACUUUUACAGAGCGACUGUGUUUCCACAAGAGAUCUGGACCUGGUUUAGACCUGGUUUAGUCCUGGUUUAGACCUGGUUUAGACCUGGUUUAGACCUGGUUUAGUCCUGGUUUAGACCUGGUUUAGACCUGGUUUAGACCUGGUUUAGACCUGGUUUAGUCCUGAUUUAGACCUGGUUUAAACCUGUUUCAGACCUGUUUUUUUGACUUGGUUUAGACCUGGGUUAGACCCAAUUUAGAUCUGGGUUUAGACUUACUUAAAACCUGAUUUAGACCUGGUUUUUGACUUGGUUUAAUCUGGUUCAGUCUUUGUUUAAUCUUGGUUCAGUCCUAGUUAAUCCCUGGUUAUUUUUAGUCCUGGUUUAGUCCUGGUUUAAUAUUUUUUUUGGGUCAUGUUUUCUCUGUGUCAGACGUCCUGCGUUUAAACCUCAGAUCCUCACAGAGACCUGGUCCUGGUCCUGGUCCUGGUCCUGGUCCUGGUCCUGGUCCUGGACUCUGACGGUGCUUUGAACACGACUCGUGUGUCCACCUGCGCUUCACACAUUUUCACACGUUUUCACACGUUUAUUAUCACAGAUUUAUUCAGCGUUUGUCUUUUCGUGGUGUUUUUGUGAGAAUCUGAACCAAAGUCUUUCUCAAACCUCCAUUUCCAAAACGGUAGCAAAGAGUGCAGAACUCAGAGGAGGCAGCAGGGGGCACACUCGGACCUCACAUCACGGUUCAGACCUGGUUUAGACCUGGUUUAGACCUGGUUCAGUCCUGGUUUAGUCCUGGUUUAGUCCUGGUUUAGUCCUGGUUUAGACCUGGUUUAGACCUGGUUUAGUCCUGGUUUAGACCUGGUUUAGUCCUGGUUU